UACUACCAACAACAACACUACAUCACGGAGACGAAGCAACAACAACAACAACAACAACAACAACUCAACACAGAAACAAUGGCCAAGCGGUGGUUCGUCGAAACCACCCCCGAGGGGCGGCAGCAGUUCGUCUCCAUCAAGAGAUCGCGCUCCUACGGCGGCCACCACAACCGCGUCCGCGAAAUCGACUACAUCAAAGUCAGCCUCGAAGAGUGGAACGCCCUCGUCGACAAGGAGCGUAAGCUCGAAGAGCUCAACAAGUCCGUCGUCGACGAGGUCAACCGCCUCAAGGCGACCGCGUCCACCGCCCAGGCCGAAGCCAAGCGCCUGACCGUCGUCGUCGUGCCCGGGCUCGAGAAGCAGAUCGGCGUGCUGACGAUUGAGAACGAGGCGCUGCGCCGGAGCAUCGAGAAGACGGUGAGCGACAACAACGGCUCGUCGUCCAAGCACCACCAUCAUCGCGAGGAGGAGAGGCUGCUGAGGUUCAAGAUCACCAAGCUGGAGGCGGACAACCUCGAGCUGAGGGAGGAGAACGCGGGCCUGAGGGAGAAGAACAGGAGCUUGUCGAGGACGCUGGAGCAGAGCUUCAGCCGGCGCGUGUCGGAGCUCCUGGGGGAUGUCGAGUUUUGGAAGCAUCAGUAUAAGCACUGGCGGUCGCGGUACGAGGAACUGCUGAAGCGGUACAAUGACAUUUUCGACUUGAUGGAGACGAGGACGAGGAAGAUGAAGGCGUAUGAGGACAUUUUGCGGCGCAACGAUAUGAUUUGAGCUGUCGAUUUGGUCUUUUGCCUUGUAUCUUUGUCCUAUAUCUUCUUCUUCUUCUUCUUCUUCUUCUGUUUCUUCCUCUUGUCUGUCUUCUUCUUCUUGAACUUUGCUGGCUAGAGACUUGACGUUUUUUUUUUUUUCUUCUUUUACACGGUCACUUUGCCUGCAGAGCAACCCGGAGAUUGUCGACUGUAUUACUUGGGGUUUUUUCUUUUCUUACUCUAUCUUUUGACGAACAGCCUCGGCUUGGGCUUUCACUUUUCUUUUUCCUUUGUAUUGGU